UGCCCAUCGACACCUGCGUCGUCCAGGAGGCGGCGCCCGAACCGUUGAUGAUGGCACAAGCCGUGCCUCAUCAGACGUCGGAUAAGAGGCGCGUCAAGGUCUACGAGCUCCGCCACAAUGACUGGUUCGACCGCGGCACUGGUUUUUGCUGCGCCUACUUCGUGCAGGCCGAAGAAGGCCAGCCCAAAGAGCCCCGCGUAAUCGUCGAGUCCGAAGACCACCCCAACCGGCGGCUCCUCGACACUAAGAUAGUCAAGGAUGAUGGCUUCCAAAAACAGCAAGGCAUGCGCUACCCUGCCGUCAUCGCGCGCUGACAUCUCGUUUCUGACACCCUCAGCAGAGACCCUCAUCGUAUGGACCGACAAUGGUGUUGACAUGGCGCUAAGCUUCCAAGAAGCCGAAGGCUGCGCCGCCAUCUGGAAAUUCAUCGACGGCGUUCAGCAGACGUUUCAAGGAGGCAUGCUCGGUCCAGACGACAGCUUGUCUGACGACCUAACCAUGGACAUGCCCGCUUCGAUCCAGCUCCCGCCCGCCGACUUAGGGUCCUUGCACGAACUGGACAUAGCUGUUCGAAACCUGUCACAGUCACCCGCCGGCCGCGACGUCCUCGCAAAAACGAUCAUGAAUGAAGAGUACAUUGACAAAUUGGUUCCCCUCGUGGAGCUGGCCGAGGACCUGGAGAGCCUGCCGGAUCUUCACCGGUUAUGCAACAUCAUGAAGACGAUUUUGCUGCUCAACGACACGGCCAUCAUUGAGUACGCCGUCUCGGACAAGUGUGUCAUGGGAGUGGUGGGCGCGCUGGAGUACGACCCCGAUUUUCCAACACACAAGGCGAACCACCGGCAGUGGUUGAACAACCAGGGCCGCUACAAGGAGGUCGUCAAGAUCCAGGACGAGCAGAUCCGCCGCAAGAUUCACAUGACAUACCGGUUGCAAUACCUCAAAGAUGUCGUCCUGGCUCGCAUCCUCGACGAUCCGACCUUCUCGGUGCUGAACUCGCUCAUUUUCUUCAACCAGGUGGACAUCGUUCAGCAUCUUCAUACCACCCCAGGGUUCAUGCAGGAGCUUUUCGCCAUCUUCCCUAAUCCCCACGAGCCGGCAUUGCGGAAAAAGGAGGCGGUCCUCUUCAUCCAGCAAUGCUGUGCUAUUGCGAAGAAUCUCCAGCCACCAGCCCGGCAAGGCUUAUACGUGCAUUUCCUAAAGGAGGGCCUUCUCCCGGCCAUCAACUAUGGGAUGCGCCAUCGUGACGUCUCGGUGAGGGUCGGAGCGACUGACAUCUUGGUCUCUAUGAUCGACCACGAUCCGUCGCUCGUUCGGCAAACGAUCUAUGACCAGAUACACAAACGUUCGCCGCCGCUAACCGACACCCUAAUCGACCUCCUCCUCGUCGAGGUCGACCUGGGCGUCAAGUCGCAAAUAUCGGAGGCCCUCAAGGUUCUCCUCGACCCAUGCCCGUCUCCCAUGCAGCAGCAACAGCAACAGCAACAACAACAGCAGCAGCAGCAACAAGACGCCCGGGGCGAGUUUAUGGCUGGCCAGAGGCUCCGGGCUCAUCCGGUCAUUGACCCGCAGCAGGACGUGUUUUUAACGCACUUCUACGAGCAAUCGGCGACCAGGCUGUUCAAGCCACUUCUCGACCUCGAGAAGCGAGCCGAGAUGAAUUUUAGCCCGUCGGAGGAGGGGGUGUUCAGCUACCUGAAUGAUAUUCUCUGCUUCUAUAUCCAGCGACAUCAGCACCGCAGCAAAUUCUUCGUCUUGACGCACAACAUAGCCUCGCGCUUCGUUCAGUUGCUGGCUUGCAAAGCGAAGCAUUUGCAGCUCGUUGCGGUGCGCUUCUUCCGGAACCUCGUGGCCAUGAAGGACGAGUUCUACAUCAAGCAGAUGACAGACAAGCAGGUGCUCGGGCCGAUCCUCGACGUGCUGCUGCGGACGCUGCCACGGGACAACCUGCUCUGCUCUGCCUGCCUCGAUCUCUUCUUGGUGAUCAAUAAGGAAAACAUCAAGGAGUUGAUCAAGCAAUUGGUCGAGAACUACCGCGAAAAGAUCAUGGCCCUCGCCUACAUCGACACCUUCAACGAGAUUCUGAACCGGUACGAUCAGACGCAGGGCUUCACGAUCGUCGACCCGUACUUCGAGUCGGAGGACGAGCUGGGCAGGCCGCCGCCAAACGGCGCCGCACGUGGCAUGAUGGAGCACCUCGUCGUAGACCAGGCGCAGGAAGAGUACUGGAACAGCAUGUCCGACGAGGAGGACGAGCUCCCGAGCACCCAGGAAGCUGGCCACGAGGGAAUCCGCCUGCGGCUCACUAACGGCAACGCCGCCGGCUCAAAACCCCUUGUCGAGUACGACUCAGAUGACUCCGACGACUCCGACGAUGCAGCAGGCGAAGACGCACUCAUGACGCCGGCCGACUCAACCGCCGCAGAGGACGACACCGCCAAGGACGCCGCCGUCCCGGCAAACAACAGCGGCGGCAGCACCAAGAACGACAAGAGCCGCGCCCCCGCACCCUCCGCAUCCGCAGCCACAGCAGCCGCGGCCGCGGCCAAUACGGCCCCGCCGCCUGAGCGACUCUCCGAGAAGCGCCGCCGCGAGGAGGACGAGGAGGAUGUGCUCGACAAGCUGACAAAGAACAAAAGACGGAACAGCAGCAGCGUGGCCGGCAACGCGGCGGCCACUGUCGCUUCUGUGCCGUCGUCGUCGUCGGUGGCGGCAACAGGGGUGUUGCGAAAGGGGCGGAGCGUUUCGGCGGGGAGCCACGGCAGUGCCGCUGGUGGUGCAGCAGCAGCUGGUGCUGGUGGUGGCGGCGGGGUGAAGAAGAUCGCGAUUAGCAUCUCGCCCGGCGCGGUGAAGAAUGCUGUUGCUCCUGCUGCUCCUCCUGCAGCCGCCGCUGUGAAUGAUGAGGGCGGUGGUGGCGGGGCAGGCGGCGAGUAGAUGGGUUCGCUCGGCUGGGUCUGGGGGUUUGGGUUUGUUUGGGUUUGAGUUGGGGCCUGUCUGGUCUCCGGUUCCUCACCCACCUCACCCACCUCACCCACCUCACCCACCUCACCCAUCUCAGCCCAUCACUCUCCUACCCCCGCGCCUCGGUUUAUAUCCGUCUCGUUUUUCUAUUCCCAACGGGCAGAGAUACCCCUUCCUUCUUCCUGCUUGGUCGGCUAUGCCUUGCUUACUCGACCUUGCUCAUGGGUUG